GUUUGCACCAAGUGUGUGGAAUCAGGUUUACCUGGUGCGCGGCGCUGCACCUGUCGACAAAACCUUUAGCUCACCUGCAGCCUUACCUCGGAUUUAAACGUCGAUCAAAAUGCGUCAAUAAUCUUUCCUGAGCCGACCACUCGUAACAAACACCCAUCAAUAACCAUGAAGAAGGGAACGCUGAACUUUUUGGGUCGGAAGAACCAGUCUCUUUACGACACCAAUAUCAAAAUCAAGGACAUGGACAAUGUGGAGCUGGUACUGGAGUCAUCAGCGAUCCCAGAGUCAGGAACCGCCAGUGUGCGAGCCAGACCCACUGUCAAGCACCAUGCUUUCUCAGGUUUUGACAGUUUUCAAGGAUAUGCCGUCCCAACACCCAAAGUCCCCCUUCUCCCUCCUGUCAAUGGUCCAAAGGUCAAUGGCUCAGCCAGUGGAGAUAGUUUGUGCAAUGGAUCCGUAAUAUCUGUGCCUGACCUUGUGGAGGGGGAAAUAUUUGUUCCUCCUCCUCCUUCUAUGGCACCUCCACCCCCUCCAGUUACUUUUAUCCCCCCUCCUCCAGACUUCAUGGAUGACCUUAAUGGUCCAGACCUGGAAAAACUUCAGCCUCCUUCCAUACCUGCUCCAAAACUCACUUCAUUGACACAAUCCACAGCGGAGAAGGACUUAACCAUCUUAAAACGACCAUCACUGCCCGCGCCAAAGCCUCCAUCCACUUGCUCCAGUGGCUCUGCAUCACCCGUAUCCAUUUCACCACUUACCAAAGUUCCUGAGCAUCCAAAAUUUGCACCACCACCACCCCCUUCUGAAAGGCAACAGAAAACUAAUAAGACACCACCCCCAAAACCCAUUAGACUGUCCUCUAUCUCCGCCCUAGACUCCCCACCACAGACUCCUGCCCCACCUCCCCCCGUGCAGACACCCACACUGUCCACUUUCAAUCCCCAAAACACAGCAAAGCUUUACAAUAUUCCAACGACCUCAAUUCUCAGUGGCUAUGAGGGUCAUGACAUAAGACCCAAGCAAAUGUUACUUCUGGAAGAUACUGGGUCUGUCAAAUCUACCCCAGUGCUUGUCCAGGUGGAUGGGAAAGUCCCUAAGGUUGCUUCUCCAUCAAAAACGAUUUCCAAAGAUGUGCAGGAGCUGAAGGAGAACUUACAAAUUACCCAGCCUUCUCCAUCACCCCUGCCUGAGCAGAAUAAGGAGGCUAAAACAGAGACAGUUUCAGCACCACUGGCAACAGACAGACCUCUUCAGAUUUCACAUCAGACGUCACCCCAGCUUGAGAAAGCGAACAGUACUUGGGUGAAUUCAGAGACCAGCAAGGACAAACUUCAAGGAUCUCCAUGUCAAAGUCCUAAAUUCAGUCCAUUGUUAGAUCGUAAACUACGCAACCUGAAAAGUAGUGAAACCAAUGGGGCACGAGAGGGACCAGUAGCUUCCCCACUAGCUCUUUUAAUGGCGGCAAAAGAAAGAGAGAAACAGAGAUCAUCUCAAACUCUGUCACAGGAAAACAGUGCCAAGAAGAAUGAGCAGCCGAGUGCAAGCAUUCACCCAAGUGAGUCAAGACCUAAUUCCUUUAUUGUUAUCCCAAGGUCCAGCUCAUCCUCUUCUUUAACAUCUCAAGACAUAAUACAGGCGAGUUCAAAGCCUGCCAGUCCUGUGGAACUUAUGCAAACAAUUCAGACUCCACAAAAAUCCAGCAGGCCUGCACUGGUCAAAGACCAGAUGCCGUCUACCAGUCUGGCUCUCAAUAGUGUUGUUGCAUCCUCACGUGUGACCAACCUGGCUAGAGAAAAACAGAUUCCAGAGCAAAGCCCAGAAGAAUCUCAAACUGCACAGUAUGAAGAUAAUAAAGAGGAGUUAUGUAUACCAUUUCUCCCUCCACCACCAGAGUUUGAUGAUUUAGAUCAGAUAAUGGGGUCCCCUCCUUCAGACCCUCCACCUGACCCUCCCACAAAGAAGGAACCAACACAAACUGGGAGCCUCCCUCCAGCUCAAGUUCCAUCUCCUCCUCCAAAACCUAAACCUGCAACAGCUCCAAAACCCCUCCCUGCUGACACUGAUGUCAAACCAAAGCCACAAGUCCAGGUAAAACCCAAGGUGGCCACUCCUCAGCUACCAUCGUCUCUUUCCCCUAGUCAGUCCACACUCUUAAGUAUCUUACAAAAGAAGAUGUUGGAAAUGGACCAUAAAAUGGCCCCUGCGAAGGAGGCAGAGUCCACUUGUGACGACUGGGGUUCUCCCUUGUCUGAUGAGGACAACAAGAUGCCUGUUGUCCCAAAAGCCACAACACAGAACAAGACUUACCCAGGGGUCAACAAAGUAGCAACCCUGGACAUGCAGGAGCUGGAGGGAAAAGUGGUCAAAAAAUAUCAGGAGACGUCCUCAGUCAAAGUUCCCACGAGCAAUGGACAGACGUCAAAACAUCAGCAUGGUAUGACCUUCACAGUUCGGCCAGGAACCAAACAGCCGAUUACUCUUGUUAAUAAAGGGGAGCCUUAAUGAGAUGUGUGAAUAAGACAGGUGCUCUGUUUAGCACACACUGCAUGCGAUUGGAUAAUGUGAUUUUGCGUAAUAAGGAAUUUGUAUAAUGGAAGGAAAGAGCACUUUGAACAAAAGAGCACCAUAAAUGUGGUUGCCAAAUAUGUUACGAAUGUCCCUUACGAACAGACUCGGUUUUGAAUGUUUUCGUUUUGAGUAGUGUUUUUGUCUUCAAGGAGUCACAGUCAGGCAGAUCAUUUUUUUUAAAAAAGGUUUUUGUUUGGCUGCUGCUGUUUAACCAGCAUAGAGGUUUCAUAAGUUGCCUUUUUAACCAAAGCUUUCAGUCUCAAUGCCACAUGGGUAAUAUUAAGCAAAAAAUACAGUAUGAUAAAUGUUUAACGCUGAAGUUAUUCAUUGCUGUAAAAUGUAUACUGUGUGAAAAUAUAUCUACAUUAUUCAGUAAUAUGUAGAGUGUUAAGUCUUUAUCAAAUGUAUCUGUAAUCACAUUUGUAAAAUACUAUAAUAAUGUACCCAAUAUAAUUUCAGUGGUUCAUACUGUAACACCCCAUAAACAAAAUGUUCUUUCACUGUUACAUGUACAUUUUGAAGCAAACAGUUCAUUCAGACCAAUGCCAGAGUGUGUUUAUCUCUCGGUAGGAUUGUUUCUCAUAUUUAUUAAUCUAAGAAAUGGUUUGCCAUCUGUAUAUUAGUUAUUGUACUGGAGUACAAAUCAGUGUCAAUGUACCUAGACGUUUGUUGUUUUUCUGUUCAUGCUGGUUUGUGUAAGAAUAAAAUACAGCUUAGCUAUUUUAAGAUGUAGUUUAUAUUUUAAGGUUGUACAACUGCAAUACCAAGAAAGUUGGGACACUGUAAAUGUAAAUAAAAACAGAAUGCAAUAAUUUUGCAAAUGAACUGUG